AUGGCUCCCUUAACCGAAGUCGGGGGCUUCCUGGGGGGCCUGGAGGGCUUGGGCCAGCAGGUGGGCUCGCACUUCCUGUUGCCCCCCGCCGGGGAGCGGCCACCUCUGCUAGGCGCACGCCGGGGCGCGGCGGAGCGGGGCGCCCGCGGCGGGCCGGGUUCCGCGGAGCUGGCGCACCUGCACGGCAUCCUGCGCCGCCGCCAGCUCUACUGCCGCACCGGCUUCCACCUGCAGAUCCUGCCGGACGGCAGCGUGCAAGGCACCCGGCAGGACCACAGCCUCUUCGGUAUUUUGGAAUUCAUCAGUGUGGCAGUGGGACUGGUCAGUAUUAGAGGUGUGGACAGUGGCCUUUACCUUGGAAUGAAUGACAAAGGAGAACUAUAUGGAUCAGAGAAGCUGACUUCUGAAUGCAUCUUUAGGGAGCAGUUUGAGGAGAACUGGUAUAAUACCUAUUCGUCCAAUGUAUAUAAACAUGGAGACACUGGCCGCAGGUAUUUUGUGGCACUUAACAAAGAUGGAACUCCAAGAGAUGGUGCCAGGUCCAAAAGACAUCAGAAAUUUACACAUUUCUUACCUAGACCAGUGGAUCCAGAAAGAGUUCCAGAACUGUACAAGGACCUGCUAAUGUAUACUUGA